AUGAACUAUGUAGAAGGAAAGGUCGUCGUCAUUACGGGCGGAGCUAGCGGGUUCGGACGGCUGGUGGCGCAGCGUGUCACUGGCCUGGGCGGCCACGCGGUGGUUGCCGACGUUGAUGAGGCCGGGCUGGCUGAGACCGUCGAGCUCGGCAGUGACAGUCCUGGCUCGAUCUCUGCGGUGACCGCUGACGUCACCGAUCUGGACCAAAUGCGGGCGCUGGCCCUUGCCGCCGUGGACGCCCAUGGUGCGAUCGACGUGGUGGUCAACAAUGCUGGGAUCAUGCCGCUCGCGAUGUACGCAGAUCACGAGGUUGCGAGCGAUGCGUGGAGCCGAUGUGUCGACAUCAACUUCAAGGGUGUGCUGCACGGGAUCAUCGCGGUCUAUGACCAGAUGAUCGAACAGGGUUCUGGUCAUGUGAUCAACAUCUCGUCGAUCUACGGGAACUACCCGGUGGCCGGUGCGGCCGUCUACGGCGCAACCAAGGCUGCGGUCAACGUGUUGUCGGACUCGCUUCGCCAGGAGACCCAGGGGCGCAUCAAAGUCACGACGGUACGCCCGACCGGGGUGCCGGCAACGAACCUGGGCAGCGGUGUGAUCAAUCCCGAAGCCGCCAUCGGCAUCCUGGGCCACAACAUGGGUGAGUACAUGGAGCAGAUGGGGUCCCUGAUGGGAGGGGAUGCACCACCCGAGCACCUCGCAAGCCCCGACAGCAUCGGCUACCUCGCGCUGUCCCCCGAGAUCCUGGCCGACAACAUCGUGCUCGCCAUGAACCAACCGCUCGGCGUGUCGAUCAGUGACCUCACGGUCCGGGCAUCCGGCGAUCGCUACAUCAUCUGA